CGGUAAAUACGUAGAAGCAACUAGGCGUACUACGGCGUGUACCGGACAGCGUUGGCGUGCCGCUCUGCUAGCAGCGGAGAGCCAGAUGAGGAUGCCCGUGAUAUGAGAAAAGCUCUGUCCAGAGAUAUGGAGACGAAAUCAGUUGUACCUCACCCUGUGACACCGGAAGACAUUGAGUAACUGUAAGCUGUGAUGCUCAGUGAAAUUACUAAGAGCGUUAAGUUUCCCGUGCCUUUGCUUUCACUCUCCCAUUCUCUUGUCUUGCGGCACGUCGCAUUCUUUGAGGCCGUGGAAGCGACACCGGGAGCGAUGGGUUGUCAGAACCAGGUCCUCCUGCCCGUCGCUGGUUUUGCUUACCUUCGCCGUCUCUGUGUACCAGCCUGCGUCUCUCUCUCUGUUCCUCAAUCCCUGUCCUCUCUUCUCUGUUCUGCUUUGUUUCGCUGCGUAUGUCCCGUUCCCUGUCCCACCUUUAGCCUUCCUUCCUUCUUCCUCGCCUUUUUCUUUGUCCUUUUGUCCUGCUCCCCGACCCUGUUUCUCGCUCCAUCUGACCGUCCUUUUCCUGGCACCUUGGUGUCUCUGCUCCUUGCCCCCGUCUUUCUCUCCCCUCUGCCCAGUCCUCGUCUCCCUCUUUUGUCUCUCUGUCCCUCUGUCCUCCUUCUGCCUCUGCCCCUCUGUCCUGCUCCCUGCCCCUCUUUUUCUCACUCUGCCCCAGCGUCCCGCUCCCCGGUCCUCUUUCCCUCUGUUGGUCUCUCCUUUUAUCUCUCCUUCUCCCUGCUCCCCAGCCCGGUUCUCUCACGCUCCCGCUUCCUUUUUUUAUUCUCUGUUGCUCUGUCCUGCUCCCCGUGCCGCUGUCCCUCGCCGUACCUCUCGGUCCGGCUCCCUGCCCUUAUUCUCUUUUCCUCCCUCGCCGUGGCGCUGCCCGCCCAGGGUCGUUUCUGCCUCUCUGUCCCGCUCCCCGUCCUGGUUUGUCGGUCGCCGUCCCGCUGCCUCUCUUCCUGCCGCUUCUUCCUCCCUCUCUGUCAGGCUCCCUGUCCCCGUCCUUCACUCGCCGUCCCUUUCCUUGCCUCGUGCUUUCUCGCUCGCCGCCGCCGUCCCCCCCAUCCAGCUGGCUGCCCCUUUUCUCCUCUCUUCUAGCGUCCUGCAGCUGGCUCCUCGGUUUUGGCGGCAGCCUGCACAUAGCAGCCCAGCUCUCCAGCAGCCUGACGGACCGACCGUGUGUCUGUUCCACGCCGGACUGGCGAGCGUGGCUCUGGGUAGGACAGCCGAGGUGCCCCAGGGCCGG